CCGCGGCUCGGCUCAGCUCAGCUCAGCUCAGCUCAGCUCAGCUCGGCGCGGCGCCGCAGCGGUCGGUGCGGACCAUGUCGCCAUGUCGGAAGUGAGGAAGUUCACGAAGCGGCUCAGCAAGCCGGGCACGGCCGCCGAGCUGCGGCAGAGCGUCUCGGAGGCAGUACGCAGCUCCUUCGUCCUGGAAAAAACCAAAGUGGUUGAACCCUUGGACUAUGAGAACGUGAUCCUUCAACGUAAAGUUCAGAUCUACAGUGAUCCCCUCCGGGACCUGCUGAUAUUUCCGAUUGAGGAUGUAUCUAUCUCAGUCAUCGGUCGGCAGAGAAGGACUGUCCAGUCUACAGUGCCAGAAGAUGCUCUAAAGAAAGCGCAGAGUCUCUUCAUCAAAGAGUGCAUUAAAACCUACAGCUCAGACUGGCACGUGGUAAACUACAAGUAUGAGGAAUACUCAGGAGACUUUCGGAUGUUGCCAUGUAAGUCCUUUAGGCCAGACAAGAUUCCAAGCCACGUGUUUGAAAUCGAUGAAGACUUUGAAAAGGAUGAGGAUUCCUCAUCCCUGUGCUCCCAGAAGGGUGGUGUGAUAAAGCAAGGCUGGCUGCACAAAGCAAAUGUAAAUAGCACAAUCACUGUCACCAUGAAGGUAUUCAAGAGGAGGUAUUUCUACUUGUCACAACUCACAGAUGGCUCCUAUAUUCUUAAUUCCUACAAAGAUGAGAAAAUUUCAAAAGAAUCCAAAGGCUGUAUUUUCUUGGACGCUUGCAACGAUGUUGUUCAGUGUCCUAAAAUGCGCCGUUAUGCAUUUGAACUCAAGACGAUAGAUAAGUACAGCCACUAUCUGGCAGCUGAAACUGAGCAGGAGAUGGAGGAGUGGCUGGUAACUCUGAGAAAGAUCAUUCAGAGCAAUACCGAAGGUUUGGUGCAAGAGAAGAAGGAUACUGUGGAAUCUGUGCAAGAUGAUGAAUCAAGCACGCAGGGAAAAUCGGAGAACAUCCUGGAGAGCCUGGAAAGAAGCAUGCAUCCGGAGCUGAUGAAGUAUGGAAGAGAAACAGAUCAGCUGAACAAACUGAGCAGAAAUGAUGGAAGACAAAACCUCUUUUCUUUUGACCCAGAAGUCCAGAGGCUAGACUUCUCGGGGAUUGAGCCAGACGUGAAGCCAUUUGAGGAAAAGUGCAGCAGGCGCUUCGUGGUGUGCUGCCAGGACUUCUCCCUCAACCUCCUUGCUCAGCUCAGCGACAGGUCGGAAGGAGGACCCACCAACGUUGAGCCCUUUUUCCUAAGCUUGGCAUUAUUUGACCUGAAAAAUAAUUGCAAGAUUUCAGCUGACUUCCAUGUGGACUUGAACCCUCCAUCUGUCCGUGACAUGCUGCUGGAUAACUCUGCGUCUGGAGCGGAGGGCACCAAGGGACAUUUGCCGGGCGAGAGCCUUGUGCACGGAGUCCCCGAGUCUUGCCUGCGCUACAUAAAACGGGGGGUUUUCUCCGUGACAGACCCACACGUAGAGAUCUUCCUGGUGGCCCGCGUGGAGAAGGUGCUGCAGGGCAGCAUUACGCACUGUGCAGAGCCAUACAUCAAAAACUCGGACCCGGGGAAGACUGCCCAGAAGGUCCAUAAGGUGGCCAAGCAGGUGUGCAGCCGUCUGGGGCAGUACAGGAUGCCCUUCGGCUGGGCUGCCAGACCAGUUUUCAAAGACUCCCAGGGCGCUCUUGAUGCUGAAGGAAAAUUCUCACCUCUGUACAAGCAAGACAGCAGCAAACUCUCAAAUGAAGAUAUGCUGAAGCUUCUAGCAGAGUAUAAGAAACCAGAGAAGACGAAACUACAGGUCAUUCCAGCUCAGCUAAAUAUCGUCAUCAAAGACAUCCCACUAGACUUCACAAAUUGUGUCACAGCUUCUUAUAUUCCUAUAAAGCCUUUUGAGAAGAGCUGUGAGGACAUUGCAGUUGAAGUGGAGGAGCUUGUCCCAGAAGUUGCAAAAUACUGUUAUCCCUUCACUGUAUACAAAAACCACCUCUAUGUCUACCCCUUGCAUUUGAAGUAUGAGAACCAGAAGGUGUUUGCGAAGGCAAGGAAUAUUGCUGUCUGUGUAGAGUUCAGGGAUUCAGAUGAAGCUGAUGCCAAGCCAUUGAAGUGUAUAUAUGGCAAACCCGGAGGCCAUCUCCUGACCACAAACGCAUAUGCUGCUGUGCUGCAUCACAAUCAGAGUCCGGAGUUCUACGACGAGAUUAAAAUUGAGCUUCCAAUUCACCUCCAUCAAAAGCAUCAUUUGCUUUUCACCUUCUAUCAUGUCAGCUGUGAAAUAAAUACAAAGGCAACAUCGAAAAAACAGGACACCGUUGAAACUCAAGUGGGAUAUGCCUGGGUCCCGUUGCUGAAGGAUGGGCGGAUUGUCACCCUGGAGCGGCAUUUGCCGGUUUCGUCCAACCUUCCACCUGGCUACCUGGGUCUUGGGGACACAGAGUCACGAAGGCAGCCCAGUGUGGAUGCGAAGUGGGUGGAUGGAGCAAAGCCACUGUUUAAACUCAGAAUCCAUUUGGACUCAACCAUUUACACCCAGGACAUGCACUUGCACAAAUUCUUCCAGUACUGCCAGCUGGUUCAGGCGGGAGCUAAGGAAGUCCCAGGAGAGCUUGUUAAAUGCCUAAAGUGUUUGCACGCCAUGGAGAUCCAAGUAAUGAUUCAGUUUCUACCUGUAAUUCUUAUGCAACUAUUUAGAGUCCUUACAAAUGUGACCCAGGAAGAUGAAGUAGCUGUCAACUGCACCAUGGUUCUUCUGCACAUCGUGUCCAAGUGCCAUGAAGAAGGUCUAGACCACUACUUGCGCUCCUUCAUAAAGUACGUCUUUCGAGCUGAGAAACCCAGUGUCGCACAGGCGAAGAUGACCCAUGAAAUCCUGGUCCUUUCCAUGGCUACGAUCUUGAAGCAGUCGGCAGAUUUUCUAGCCAUCAAUAAGCUACUCAAGUACUCGUGGUUUUUCUUUGAAGCACUGGCGAAGUCAAUGGCAAUGUACUUACUGGAAGAAAACAAAAUCAAGCUGCCCAGAGGUCAGCGCUUCCCUGACUCCUACCAGCACGCCUUGCAUUCAUUGCUGCUUGCCAUCAUUCCUCACGUGACCAUUCGCUAUAACGAAAUCCCCGAAGAGUCCAGGAAUGUCAACUUUAGCUUGGCGAACUUCCUGAAGCGUUGUUUGACCUUUAUGGACAGAGGAUUUGUUUUUAACUUGAUAAAUGAUUACAUUUCUGGAUUCAGCCCAAAAGACCCUAAGCUGCUGGUUGAAUACAAGUUUGAAUUUCUUCAAACCAUUUGCAAUCAUGAGCACUACAUUCCUCUGAACUUACCAAUGACCUUUUCCAAACCCAAACUGCAAAGAGUUCAAGAUGUAAAUCUUGAAUACAGUUUAACUGAUGAGUAUUGCAGGCAUCAUUUCCUGGUGGGGAUGCUUCUCAGAGAAGCCUCUGUUGCCUUGCAGGACAACUACGAUAUCAGAUACACGGCCAUCUCAGUCUUAAAAAAUCUCUUGAUAAAGCAUGCCUUCGACAACAGAUACCAGCACAAGAACCAGCAGGCAAAAAUAGCCCAGCUCUACCUGCCACUGUUCGGGCUGCUCCUGGAGAACCUCCAGCGAGUGGCCAGCCACGAGGCUCUCUACUCUUGCGCAGCUGCCUCCAGCCCCGCAUCAAGGGAUGAAUUCAUGUGCAGUUUUGCAUCCCCAUCAAAUAGAUCCAGCCUGAUUGCAGACAAAGAUCCAGCCUGUGGAGCAGCGCUUCCAAAUGGCCACGCAAUAAAGCGAGAGGACUCGAAAGGAUCCCUGAACUCAGAGGGGGCAACCGGUUCUCCAGAUCAGAGUGAAAAUAUCCGCAGAAGCUCCACAAGGAGCAGUGUGUCGCACUGCAGCCGCCUGGACCAGUUUGAGAUCCGGACGCUCCUGAUGUGCUACCUCUACAUCGUGAAGAUGAUCUCUGAAGAUACUCUUUUAGCUUACUGGAACAAAUUCUCCCCCCAAGAGCUGAUCAGUGUCCUUGUGCUUCUGGAGGUGUGUUUAUUUCACUUCAGAUACGUGGGGAAGAGAAAUAUCGCCAGCUCCUGCAUGAGACCCCCAGGCCCAGGCGCUCCUGGCUGCCCGCGCAGGUUGGCAGUGUCCCCCACAGUCGGCUGCAGGGUGCAUGACGCCUGGUUAUCCAAGCACACGGGAGCCGAUAGGAAAUCCCAGACGAUGCCAGCGCUCCGCAGCAGAGCUGGGGGGAUGCAGGUGCGGCUCCAGCAUCUGGGCAGCUUGGAGACCUCCUUCACGCUCAACCACAAUACAGGCACCUCAGAAGCAGAUAUUGUGCACCAGGCAUUACUGGAGGGCAAUAUCGCCACCGAAGUGUGCCUGACGGUCCUGGACACCAUUUCUUUCUUCACUCAGAGUUUCAAGACCCAGCUUUUAAGCAACGAUGGCCACAAUCCACUCAUGAAGAAGGUUUUUGAUAUUCAUCUUGCUUUUCUCAAAAACGGGCAGUCAGAAGCAGCUCUUAAGCAUGUGUUUGCCUCUCUGAGAGCUUUCAUUAGCAAGUUUCCCUCAGCAUUUUUCAAGGGAAGAGUGAACAUGUGCGCUGCACUCUGCUACGAGAUCCUGAAGUGCUGCACUUCCAAGGUGUCCUCCACGAGGAAUGAAGCCUCUGCUCUUCUGUAUCUUCUGAUGAGAAAUAACUUUGAGUUCACCAAAAGGAGAACAUUUCUAAGAACACAUCUUCAGAUAAUAAUUGCAGUGAGCCAAUUAAUAGCAGAUGUGGCACUCAGUGGUGGAACAAGGUUUCAGGACUCCUUGCUCAUCAUUAACAACUUUGCAAACAGUGACAGGCCUAUGAAGGCAACUGCUUUUCCCUCCGAAGUCAAAGAUUUGACGAAAAGAAUCCGUACAGUGCUUAUGGCUACCGCACAAAUGAAAGAACAUGAAAAGGACCCAGAAAUGUUGAUAGAUCUACAGUACAGUUUAGCCAAAUCUUAUGCAAGUACCCCAGAGCUCCGGAAAACCUGGCUGGACAGUAUGGCAAAGAUACAUGUAAAAAAUGGAGACUUUUCAGAGGCAGCCAUGUGUUAUGUUCAUGUAGCAGCCCUCGUCGCGGAGUUUCUGCACAGGAAAAAACUCUUCCCCAGUGGAUGCACCACCUUCAGGAAAAUCACUCCCAACAUUGAUGAAGAAGGUGCAAUGAAAGAAGAUGGUGGGAUGAUGGAUGUACAUUACAGUGAGGAAGUCCUGGUGGAGCUGCUGGAGCAAUGUGUAGAUGGGCUGUGGAAAGCAGAGCGCUAUGAAGCAAUUUCUGAAGUUUCCAAGCUGAUCAUUCCUAUUUAUGAAAAGCGGCGUGAAUUUGAGAAACUCACUCAGCUGUACAGAACGCUUCAUGGAGCAUAUGCUAAGAUAUUGGAAGUAAUGCACACAAGGAAGAGGCUUCUUGGAACCUUUUUCAGAGUGGCCUUUUAUGGACAAACAUUCUUUGAAGAAGAAGAUGGGAAGGAAUACAUCUAUAAGGAACCCAAGCUAACAGGCCUUUCGGAGAUCUCCUUCAGACUUCUUAAACUUUAUGGAGAAAAAUUUGGGUCGGAGACUGUAAAGAUUAUCCAGGAUUCUAACAAGGUCAAUGUUAAAGACCUUGAUCCUAAGUAUGCCUAUAUUCAAGUAACUUAUGUGAAGCCCUAUUUUGAAGACAAAGAAAUCUCUGAAAGAAAGACUGAAUUUGAAAGAAAUCAUAACAUCAAUAGAUUUGUAUUUGAAACUCCUUACACUUUAUCUGGAAAAAAGCAUGGCAGUGUGGAAGAACAGUGUAAAAAAAGGACCAUUCUAACUACUUUGAACUCCUUUCCAUAUGUGAAGAAGAGAAUUCCAGUCAAUUAUGAACAUCAGGUUAAUUUAAAACCAAUUGAUGUUGCUACUGAUGAAAUAAAAGACAAGACAGCAGAGCUGCAGAAACUCUGCUCUGCUGGUGAUGUUGACAUGAUCCAGCUGCAGCUCAAAUUGCAAGGCUGUGUUUCUGUGCAGGUUAAUGCCGGUCCCUUGGCCUAUGCCAGAGCUUUCCUAAGUGACAGCCAGUCCAGCAAAUAUCCUACUAAGAAGGUGAAUGAGUUAAAAGAAAUGUUCAGGAAGUUUAUACAAGCCUGUGGAAUUGCUCUGGAGCUCAACGAGCGACUCAUUAAGGAGGAUCAAGUGGAGUACCAUGAGGGUCUAAAAUCAAACUUUCGGGAUAUGGUGAAAGAGCUUUCUGACAUCAUCCACGAACAGGCACGUACUGCAUAUCUACCAUGAAGAUACAAUGCAUUCGCCGUGGAUGCAUGACUCCCUACAUGUUUUCUGUGCGAUCAGCGGAACAUCUGGUGAUGGAAAUUACUGUUCACUCAGACCCACUGCUGAAAUUUAAACAUAUCAGUCAUAUUUUACAGAGCUUUCUCAGGAAUACUUGGAACUGUACAAAGGAUGUUUAAAAAAAUCCAUGAUGAGCAAAGAUUUUUUUUUUUUUUCCCCAAAAAAGUUGCCAUGCUUUCAAACAGGGUGCUUGCUUAUUUUGCCAAGCAACAUUGAAAGUGCCUGGACAUUGCGCCACUGUGCUUGUUUUCUACUUUUUUCUUUUUUUAAGUAAAUGUAUAACAGGACGUGGAAAGGCAGUUAUCAAAACAUGUAUUGAAUUGCUGAACUAUGAAUUGAAAUAACAACUGUGUAAAAUUGUACAAUGGAAUAUAAUAAAAUGUAAAACUACUUUGUAAAUAGAAGGAGCAUAGAGUAUAUAGAAUUUAGCAUUAUAUCAUAUUUGCUGCUAAAAAAGCUUUGUUGAACAGGGAACAUGAAGGAGAAAUUGUAGUCACUAGUAAGAGACCUUCCUCUUCUAAAAAGUGACUUGGGGUCCAGGUGCCCCUGUUGCACUCAGACAAUGCGAAUAAACUUCUCCUAGUCUGGAAUAACUAAAACCUAAGUCAGAAAUGAUAAUUUUCAUACAUCCUCCGAGCAGAUAAUUCUAAACUAACCCUCAUGAGAGCUGAGCUUACUAUAGCUGAUUUCAAUUUUGGCUAACCUUUCAUGGCUGCAGGAAGAUGGAUUGUAUUCGCUGAGGAGAUUUAUCAUUUGAUAUGAGUUUUUCUAUUUACCAUUCAUGGUCUCAGACAAAUAUAAACUCUGAGGACACCUUAAAUUGAGUUGGGAAUUAUCAAGUGCUUUAACACCUUUCAGAAAAAUUCUAAUAAACUGUGAGAUGUGUUUUAAAAAAAAAAUGCAGCACAUCAAAAUAAUUCAUACAAAAUUGAGGGGGUUUUUUAACAUCAUAUGACAUGCAUGUUCAUGCAUGUUCCCUCCUGUUAAACAGAUCUGUUUUCUGAAAGCCCAUUGUUUUUGUCUGACAUAUUAUUUUCCAGACUUCUUUUAUUCCUUCUUCCCCUCCCCAAAGCUUUAAUACAUUAUCUCUGUCUCUUUUUGAUAAGACACUUUCAGAUGCAGGAAGAAGAAAACAGAUCAGUAAUUCUUUUAUCCAGCAGCAUUUUUUAAAUCCAUGUUUUUUGAAAUCCCAUAAAUUGUAAAAGUGGUUCCAGUAGUUCAUAUGGGAAGGGUGGGGGUUUUUAAGGAUAUGUAACAAAAUGCCAUAAUAAAAGGACUCUAGCUGGGUAUUUAGCUUGGCUAUAGUGUCUAUAAAAUGUUAGGCUUCUAAUUUCUGUAACAAAAAUUAUCUUCAAAUAGUAACUGGACCACAUUUCAAAAUGUUUAUUAUGCACGAUUCUAAAUACCUAAAAUUAAUUGUCUUCUGAGAAAAUAAUGUUGUGAUCCGUAAAUUCACCCAUUAGCUGUUGCAAGCAAAAUACAGAUGUGCCUAUGGAACAAACAGACCACAUUUCUGCUUGUAUGUGCUUUUAUGCCAGGCAGGCUCUAAAUUUAGCUUAACAGAAAGAGGAAGAGAGACUAGUUUGUUUAAAUAUGGUUACUACCUUAUUGAUUUUCAUCUUUCAACAAAUAAUAUUCAAAGGCAGAUAGUGAGAGUUUUCCAAGUUACUUUACUAAAAGGUGAUGAAGCUCUUUAACAGUGGAUACAUUACAAGAUUUUUUUUGAGCUAGUUAAACUCUAAACAUCAGUACUAAAGCCACAUGUUGAAUACAGUGAGCAAUGAUGCGAUGUGGACAUCCAAAAGCUCUUGCACUAUAGCUCUUUUAAAUACUACAGCUAACCUAAUAGUUUUCCUGGAAUUGCAGUGAAGUUCUUAAUCAGGUUUUUUGAUGUCUUUAAUGUUCUGAAAUAACAUUGUUGGGUGAAUUUUCGAUUGUUAUUCCUUCUUUUUGCUGGAAUUCCAGUGAAAUUCUUACUCACAUCUUCGGAUGUCUUUAAUGGUCCAAGAUGAAUUUUUGUUUGAACUUCUCAUUUUAUUGUUGGUAUUGGAGUUGUCCUGUUUUUUUCAAUUUAAUAGAUUAGAAAGCUGGCUCGGUAAUUCAGCCAUAAAAAGUAUUUAAUACCAGUCCAGUUAGAAUAUAUACAGCCAGUACGGUUCAGAAUACACAUUUACAUGCAGUUUUGAUGAAUUAGAAAAAUGAUCAUGCCCUAAGGAUUUGCCUUCUGUCCUGCAGGUAAAUAAUUCAACUGUUUUUUUAACAGAAAAAUCUGAAAGGCAAAUUUGUUCUUUUUAGAUGGGUUAUUAAAAGACUGGUAACAAACCAGUUUCUUUACAUUUUCACCAAUCUAGAAAUGAUAGGGAGUGGUCAUUAGAUGUUUUACAGCUGUAUCUGGACAAUGGUGCCAAGAAGGUGUUCACAUUUUCUCUUCCUAUCCUUUUCCUACAUAACUGUCCCAGUUUUUAAAUAAGUCCUCCAGAUUUUUUUCUUAUUUCUGGUUUGAACAGCUCAAUUGACAGAUAUAUCUGGGGAGCAUACUAAAUAUGUGCCUGUUUUAUGUAGCUGAUACUCACAUUAGGUACUUCCUAUUUGCUGCCUUUUUUGGAAGAAUAUAAAUAUUUGUUGUUCAUUAACACUUGUUUUUCUUACGUUGCCUAAGGAAUGAUGGGAGGUUUUUUGUCUGGAAAAAUAAGUAGACAUAUUUCAAAUUAGAACCUGGCAUGCACUCUUUCUAUAUAUCAAUAUAGCUACAUAUACAUAUUUUAUAUAUACACCUCUAAUUACCUUUGCUGCAAAACUGCUAUAUAACACAUCAAGUCUCCAGAAGGGAUGCAUUGGUAAUUUUGCAAUCACUCAAUUGUUUGCAUAAAAGGAGAAGAAAUAGGGUAAAGUAUCUGUCAAUGAGGAUUAAGAGCACUUGGCUGCUCUCAGUAUCAGGACUGUUUUGGACAAUGGUACGUGUUAGAGCCAGAUUGUUUGCAAAUAGAACAUAUAAAGCAACACAGGGUCUGCCAGCACUUUAUGUGCAAGAACAUGCUUUUAGAGAUUUAUACACCUAGACAGAGUAAGCAAAGAGUGAACAUUUACUCUCUUCUUUGACUUACUGCUUCUCUGUCUGCAGAGAGAUUAGAAAGUAGUAUUUUAAGACAAAUAACUUCAGAGUUACAUUUCUUUCCCCCAAAAAAAUCUGGAACCCAGAAUUUACUGCAGGCAAGGAUAUAUUUCUACGUACUUCUUGAUGUUCUAAAUUUCUUCUGAUAAUACAAAUUUUCAUGAGAUAGGCCAACAAAUGGAAAAUCAUGGUUGUAAGAAUAUCUGUAGUGUGUAAUGCGUUUAUUUUGUUCCAGAAGCCUUUUGAACAUAUGCCACAUGGUACUUGAUAUAGAAUAAGAGUUUACAUAAACAUAGCACCUUUUGUCUCAAAGCAGAUAAAAUAUGUUUGUUUUCCCUUCCUGUAGAGACAGAGUCUCAUGGACUUCACAGCAGGCUUCAGAAUAAUGUGGUGUUUGACAUAACACAGCCCAAAAGACUUGAGGAAAACAUGUAGAAGUCAUGAGCUCAAAAGUCUCAUACAAAUAAAACCCCAUCUUACUCAAUUUACCCACUUGAGGAGAGUAGCAUGUUCAUUUGAUGUUCACUGAGCUGAACCCUUCUAAUUAAACAAAGGGUUCUUACUGGAUUGAGGAGUACUGGGUACAGAUAAUUAUUACACAGCCACAGACUGUAGUCCUUAACCUUUAAAUAACAUGCUUGUGUCAAGCAAUGGUGAACCAAGUAUGAUACACACAUUAUUUCAGCUAUUCUGGAUGUAAUUUACUCUCUUUUCAUAUAAAUGUAACACCUAGUACUACAUAUUCAUAACAGAAAUGCUUUUAUCAUGCAUGUUGUAUAUAAUACGUGUGUUGUACAAGCCCUGUUCAACCUUCUGUGUGUAACGACAGAACAGUACAUCCCGUCUGCCUCGGUUGUUAACUGAUGUACCUCUGACACCGAGUAAUACGAUCCUAUAUGGCUCUUUUUAUUCUCAUUUUCUUUUUCUUGAAGAAUCAAUAAUUUUGACCAGAAGCCAAUCACAUUUCAGUCAAUCCAGAUAAAAUAGAGUUUAUUCCAGGUCAAAAUAAAAGGCUACAAAACCAGGAAAAGUAAAUGUUGCAAUAAACAUGGUUUGUUUAGGGUUUUGUUUUUUUCCCUUCACAGAACAGGAUGAGUGAUCUGAAGCUAAUACCAGCGUACAAUUCAUGGGACUAAAACCUACUCAAAUGAGGUAUUGCAGAUGCUGCCUCUAAAGAAGAUUACUGUAAUAAAUCUUCAAAUACAUAAGUACACCAAAUGAAAUUGUUAACAGUAAAUUAUUCAGCAGCAAAUAGAAGGUGUUGAUUCAGAAAUACUGAAAGGGCACAAAUACCACACAUCCAGCUGGGAGGAUCUCAAAAACAUGGUUCAUCAGGAAACCUGAGACAGAUACCAAGGUGCAUACAAAUUUAUAAAUAAAAAUAAGGUGUGAAUCACUAAUAUGGAAAUGUCCCAACAAAUCACCUUACUUUCCUAAAGAAUAUUCAGUAAGUUUGUGAUCGGGUUUUUGCUCUGGUUGGUAGUUCCAAUUUUCAAACCCAGACUAACGUUCUUUGGGAAUGUAUUUAUUGUUGCUCUACUCCAACUAAUUCAACUUAAAUGGCUAGUAUACUAAUAUACAUGCCAAGCUCAGGCAGUUGUAUUGGCUGUUACAUGAUGUAACGGAAGUCAGCUAUACUGUUAUUUACCUCACACCAUCAGAUGUUUUUUCUACUGCUCUCUUCCACCACUGAGGCUUCCUGUACAGGGCUCCUGCAAGCCUUGGCCAAACAGCUGUAGAACCGGGUUCAGGCCCUGCCUCCCUCCCUUGACGAGUAAUAGGAGGCCAAGGAGUCACUCCCUUGCCAAGCAGAUCAGUGAAUUAAACAGACCCUGGUGUUUAGGGAACUAUGAGCGGAAAGGUUGAUGCAUGGACUUGCACUAGCAAUUUAUUGGAGGGGGGAUACAAUUUUUUUCACAAGCAUACGUGUUUCCCUAUUGACUGUAAAAUGCUCUUCAAAGGAUGUAGUUUUUAUUCCGUGUAAUUUCUGAUUUCCGGUGAUGCUUGGGCAGCAGCUCGGAGAGAACUUGCAGAGUUCAUGGCCGUUUUGAACACACCUAUCACAAAGCUCUAGAUGUCCCUCAACGAACACUGAGGUCAAAAAGGGAGAGGCCCUGUGAGUCAGAUCGGGUUUUUUCAGCUCACAGGUUUGGAUUUUUUUGCCUCAGAUCCAGCUGUAUUCUAAUUGACUCUGCCCUUUUUUGAACUGACCCCAGCCAUCUUCUGAAGAGCCUAUAAUUAUGUCAGUUGAGACCUAAAGUGUUCACAGAAGCUGCUGCAAAAUCAGAAAUUAUAAAGGAGGAAUCUCACCAUCCAUGUGGGGCAACUAUGGACUCUUCUGCUCGCAAAAGGGACAAUUCCCCACAGCCCCAUGCUGCUAAUUACUGCUGCCUCUUGUUGGGCAUAGCGAUCAUGCAGCCACACCAUGCAUCAGUGUCAUUUCUUAAUAUGAUUUAGAGAACAUGCACAGAAAAAAAGUAUUAGUUGGGGUUUUUUAAUGCAUCAGCAAACUUGCUGCACAGCCCCACGAUCAGUAGCUUUGUUUGUGUAGGUGGCAACAGCAGGAACACAUGGCCAAGGGCAGAUCACCAGCAUGAUCAUAAAUCAGGUUACACCAAGCACGAAGCCAUACCCCAAGUACUUAUUUAACAGAUUAUUUUAAAGAUACCUCAGGUGUGUCUAUAUGAGUUCCAGUCACUACAGUGCAGGCAUGUUGUCUGAGAACAUGAGCAAGCAUGAGAUUUGCAACGGAAAGAUGCAGGACGGGACUCAAUGAGAUUGAGAAAUGGGAAGUCUCGGGUAGGUGGCAAGGAUCAAAGGCUCUGGCAGGAAUUCUGAUUGCCAUACACCAGGAUGGGAAUGCGACAUCAAGCCGAGCGCUCAGGGAGGAGGAAGAGAGCUGGGGAAAAAACAUUUCAGCUGCCAACAACAACGGGCAGGCAGCCAAAAGUGUGUGAACCACUGGAUGCGUGCUUGGCACUGGCUCUCCCAGGAGAAAGAGUGUACAAAACAGAAGAAAGGAAGGAAAGAAAACAUCAGCAAGGAAACCGAAAGCAAGAAGGGAGGUCACCGUAUCUGGGAUCAGCUUUACUCUACAAAGGUUAUCACUAUCAGGGAUAGUCCAUGCCAGCUAUAGGUAGUUGCACAGCCUGAGCACAGUCACACAGUUUAACAUUCCAAAGUCACACAACUUAAAAGUUCCAUGUCCUGCAACUUCAAGCCACAAUUUUUAUUUGGUUAUAAUUGCAGGUCCUUGGGCACUUUCUAACAGCAACUAGGAAAUUUGCUAAAUCCUCUUCUUUUCACAGGAUCUAAAAACAAACAGGCUGAAAAGCAAAAAAAACCCAAAACACAGGAUAUUCCCCACCCUAUCAUAAAAAGAUCCGCUUCCCUUUUUCUAAAAUGAGUGUCUAAAAAGCAGAUGAAUUCUUGCAAAACUCCUUGAAGAGCUGAGUAAAUAUUGAAAUCUUCUGUUGGCUUAGGAAUAAGUAAUUUUCACCAGUGAAUUUUGGUUUGCCUUGAAACUUAGCCAAAGUUUCCUCUCUGCUAGACUAUUUUUGUAAUACCUGUACUUGGGUGGC